GAUUUUUAGAUUUUUUUCUUUGGAUUUGCAGCAAAAAAUAAUAUUUCCACGUUAUUAUUUUAACAACAUUUUUUGAUUUACUAUUAAUAGCAGUGUUGGUGUAAUGGUGAAGGCGCUUGAUUUGUAAAUUCAGAGGUAGUUCAAUGGACGUCGGUUCGAAUCCCGUUACGGAAUUUUUGUUUUUAAAUGACUUGGAAAAAUUUUUAGUAGAAAAAAUUAAUCUCUCGAUCUCCUCAGAAGCACAAGAAAUUUUUUCGAAUAGGGAUUAUUUUAGAGAUUUAUUUAAUCCCUAA